AGACUUGGCAGAGCCAACAAAUGACACAGUUCAAAUCCACUUUUGGUAUUUAGAGCAACUACAACCAACCCAACCUAAAACUAACUACAAUGGCAUUCAAAUUCGUCACUUUGUUCGCUGCUCUCGUGGCUGUUGCCAGCGCCGGUGUUCUCCCAGCUGCUCCCUUGGCCGCCGUUGCCAAUGUUGAGGAAUACGAUCCCCAUCCCCAAUACUCAUAUGGUUAUGAUGUUAAGGAUGCUCUGUCCGGUGACUCCAAGACCGCUGUGGAAACCCGUGACGGUGGUUUCGUCCAAGGUCAAUACUCUUUGAACGAUGCUGAUGGUUACAGACGCAUUGUUGACUACACCUCUGACCCCGUCAACGGUUUCAAUGCUGUUGUCCGUCGUGAACCUUUGGUUGCUGCCGUUGCUGCCCCCGUUGUUAAGGCUGCCGUCGCUGCUCCCGUUGUUGCUGCUCCUGCCCCAGUUGUCAAGGCUGCCGUUGCUGCUCCCUUCGCCUAUGCUGCCCCAGCUGCCUAUGCCGCCGCUCCCGUCGUCAAGGCUGCCGUCGCUGCUCCCGUCGUCGCUGGCCCAGCUGUUGUAAAGACCACUUUCGCAUCUCCCCUUAUCUCUUAUAAAAUGGCAUUCAAAUUCGUCACUUUGUUCGCUGCUCUCUUAGCUGUUGCCAGCGCCGGUGUUCUGCCAGCAGCUGCUCCAUUGGCCGCCGUUGCUAAAGUUGAGGAAUACGAUCCCCAUCCCCAAUACUCUUAUGGUUAUGAUGUUAAGGAUGCCCUUUCCGGUGAUUCCAAGACCGCCGUUGAGACCCGUGAUGGCGGUUUCGUCCAAGGUCAAUACUCUUUGAAUGAUGCUGAUGGUUACAGACGCAUUGUCGACUACACCUCUGACCCCGUCAACGGUUUCAACGCUGUUGUCCGUCGUGAACCUUUGGUAGCUGCCGUUGCUGCUGCCCCCGUCGUUAAGGCUGCCGUAGCUGCUCCCGUUGUUGCUGCCCCUGCUCCAGUUGUUAAAGCCGCCGUUGCUGCUCCCUUCACCUACGCCGCUGCCGCCCCUGUUGUCAAGGCUGCCUACACCGCCGCUCCAGUCGCCUAUGCUGCCCCAGCUGCCUAUGCCGCCCCAGCUGCCUAUGCCGCUGCCCCUGUAGUCAAGGCUGUUGCCCCUGCCCACUUCGGUUAUGCUGCUCUAGCAGCCUACGCCGCUGCCCCCGUUGUUAAGGCUGCCGUUGCUGCUCCCUUCACCUAUGCCGCCCCAGCUGCCUAUGCUGCCGCUCCCGUCGUUAAGGCUGCCGUCCCAGCUCCCGUCGUCGCUGGCCCAGCUGUCGUGAAAACUUCUUUCGCAUCUCCUCUUAUCUCUUAUGCUUAUUAGAUAAGAACGGCUCGACUGUGAUUGUUGUUUAUUUUUAAAGCUGAAUAAAACGAAAUGUGAUGAAAUAUUUUUAGUAAAAAA